GAUUUAACACAAGAUUUAAUUAGUCAAAACCACUUUUCCUUGUUUUUGUGGGAAGACUUAAGUGAUUUCAAGAAAAAAAGUAUUGUCUUUUUUAUCAUCCUACAUCUCAUUGUGGUAUCUCCUUACAGCAACGAGGUAGUAUCAUCAUUUGUUUGUUUAUAUUGAAGUUAUAAAGAAUACAACGGGAAAAAGAAUAUUUUUACUGAGAUAACGGAUUUCAGUGAACGAUUAAGAUGAAAGAUUCAGUCUAUUAGGCGACAAACAGCUUCAAACAGAUAAUGCGAUAGGAAUCUUCAUCUUUUACAGAUAUCUUUAGUAAACAGUGCACAAUUUUAUUUGCAUAGAAAAAUAUUACUUCGAAGGAUAAUCACAAAACAACCACUCUGGAGCACGUGAAAACUAUGGCAACCUUUGUAUAUUCAACAGAUUUCAACAACGCUACUUUCUCAACUGCUAAAAUGAGCGACGACAACAAUUUAUCUACAACAAGUUCUUUCAAUAACGACAGUGACCUUUACGACAACACUAGCAUUUAUUUGGAUGACUACAAUAAUUCCAAUCAUUACGACUACGGAUAUAAUGAAUACGGAUCUUAUGAAUACGAAGAAUAUGUGUAUGUUGGCUACCCUUUUGAAAGACCUGUUUACUUGUAUAUUUGGAAUAUACUUGUUAUUUUACUAUUUUUGGUGAACGUCGUUGUAAUUUCAGUUUUGAUGCGCAGAAAGAUGCGCACUGCAACAAAUAUGAUUCUCUCCGCCAUUUCAAUAUCAGAUACAAUGACUGGACUUGUUACCUUGCCAACUUACAUCAUGGUGUAUCAUAAUACACAGGAUCCGCUGCAAUAUGAAGAUGAUUCUCACAUUAAUAGCACAAAUAUUACACAACAUUAUGACACCCUGGUCACUCAACCUUCUGUGGAUGUAUAUUUUUUAACAAAGGACUUGUGUCGUGGAUUUAUGUUAUCAAAAUAUUUCUUAUCUAAAAUGUUUCACACUGUGUCAAUUUUUUUGACAUUGUUUCUUGCUGUUCACAGAUACGCUUCGGUUGCCUUUCCACACAAUUCUCAACAUAUUUUUUCCAUCAGAAAUACCGUUAUAUUUUGUGUGAUAAUCUUCUUUGUCUCACCACUCCUUCAUUUGUACCACGUGGCGACAGAUAAAGCGGUUGAUGGCUUAUGUCAAUGGGAGCUUCGCGAGGAUGGUUGCGGAGGAGACUGUAUCUUUCUUUGGAUAUUGUUUAUAGUUCGUCAUUUCAUACCUUGUGUCAGCCUAACAAUAUUCACUGUUCUUUUCAUUAAACAUUUACGAGGUGGUGCACGGAAUUUUCAAAACGCAGAUAAAAACUCUCCACAAACAUUGAAACGAAGGGUAGAAAAUCGACGUAUUUCUACCAUUGUAAUAGGUAUUGUAGUGGUGUUCCUUAUUCCCGAGAUACCAUACGGAGUUUUCCUCCUCUAUCAUGCUAUCGACAAAGCAACAACGAAUGGGGACAAUUCCAACCUGGAAGUCAACAGAGGCAUCCAUAUGGGCUAUGAAUUGCUUCUUGUGCUAUCUUUCAACGCAAACUUUUAUAUUUACACAUUUUUGAACAGGAAGUUUCGUAAAUGUUUGAAACGAACAUACUUGUACCCACUUCAGAGAUUUGUUGGAGACCAGAAGGGACUUUCUAUUUCAAAAUCGUCUUCAAUAUCUACAAGGGCCACAAGAAAGACGGACUGUGGAUCCUCCCAAGGAGCAAUGGAAAUGAAGUCGAUGCAGACCAGUAGUUCGGAUAAGUCUGUCACAAUGCAAACAAAGUUGCAAUAGUAACAUUCUUGACGGCAGUAAAUACAUUCAUAAAAAUGGACUUCGGCUAUCUUGUGUUUACGCGAACACUUGCGAUCGAGCAAAUAAAAUUAAUAAAUGAAUAAAAAUAAAUCAGCGAGGGAGUUAGUGAAUGAUUGUGUGGGGAGUAUGAAUGUUGAAUUUGCAGAGUUUUGUACAACUAUCCAUGUCCUCUCUAGUUUUUAACAUUUGAUAGUAGGAUAUAAGACUGUUUAAAAUAGUUAAGUGUUAAACAAUGCUAUGCUUUUAAUAAAAUUGCCUUAUAAAAUUCAGGUUGGUGUGUACAUCUUGACACACUUGGAUUUGUAAGCUUUUUCUUGUGUACAUUUGUGAUUGUAUAUCCAUCGUUUGAAUCAGUUCUAUUAUUUUCAGUUGCGUUUUUAAAAACAAAAUUGUUUAGUCUAGCCUUGCUAAAAAGAUAUGUACACAAAUAAUACACAAAUAAAAGAAUACAUAAAUAAAAGGAAAUUCUAAAUCAUUAUAAUAGUUUAUAUUUUAAACUAUCAACACUUCUUUCUCCAAAUUUUGCAAGAUCUAGAGAUUUGGUCACUUACAGGACAUUUUAGACAACAUGUUUAUAAUAAGUCCUCAAUAUAUAUUUUCAAUAUAUUUGAUGCCGUAAAACUUUCAAAUUUAUACAGAUGAAUACAGAACUAGAAUUCGUAAGCAACAACGGCUUUUAUAGUUUUAAAGUUAACAAUCAACUUUAUAUUAUAUUUGAUACUUAAUAACUUUGUUUAGAAUAUUUAGUAAAACAUGAAGUAAAAACUAACAAAUACAGGGUGGAAGUAGAGGUUUCCUAGCAUAAAAUGUUUCGUAUUUUGACAUUUUCUAUAAUGACCCUUUUGAUAACAGGUUAUUUAAGAUGCUGCCCCUUUGUCAGACAAAAUUGAAAACGUUGCAGGAUCGGUUUGAUUGAGCGAGUUCAUGGACGGUACUGGAAAGUGCAAACUACAUUUCAUGCCACUACAAUAAUGAUCUUCAUGUACAAAAAUAUAAUAAAUAAAAUAAGAUGAAACAAUUGUAAUUUGGCAUAAUCGUAAUUCUAAAAGGCGUUUAAAAUAUGUGCCAUUCAUUGUCAUAACCAGGUGAUAAUUCUGUGGUAUGUUAAAAGCUUAUUGGAUUUUCCUUUUAAAAUCCUUUUAUUUAUAAAAUCAUUCUGUUGAACAACGACUUUUUGUUAUAAUCAUAUUAGCAGGAGGAGUCGAAUCUUGAUACAAAAUAUCAAACACUGUUUUGCCUGCAGAUGAACCAAAAAGUAUACUGUACUUAAAACUAAGAGAGUUGAUUAGGAAAAGUCCAAGAAUGUCAUUUUCUUCUGUGUACUGCCUUAUAUUGUAUAUAGUACGGAUGUGUCUACUGUGUACCUGUUUGAUAUUCACUUAUCAAUUAACUAGAGUAAGUUUUAUCAUGUUUGCAAUGCAUCCUGUAGCAAUUGUGUAUACAGUGUUUAAAAAAGUCAUAGGUCUCCAAUUUCUAUACGGAUUGUUAAGGUUUAAUUUUAAAAGCCGUCAUUAUUUUAAGUAUUUUAGUUUUAUAAUAUCAGAAAUUAAAUGUUAAUAAAAAGUGGAAUUUAUACAAGACACUCAUUAUACUGUGAAUUCAUAACGUUUGAAUUUGUUAACAAAUACAUAAUUUAGAUUGCAUGCAAUUUUAUCUUUAAAUAGUCUUGUGUUUUAUAGGCUAAGAAAACCACAUAGAAAAUAUUUACUGGACUAUCUAUUGCGAAAAUAUUGUUACUUUUUCAGCAAGUUAUAUGUGCUAUGUAAAUGUCUAAAAUAAAAAGUAUUUACAUACGUUCAA